AUGGGUCUAGAAAAGUUUGAACGUUAUCCUCUUACCUUCGGUCCUUCUCCUAUCACUCAUAUGAAGAGACUGUCCCAAAUUCUUGGUGGAAAUGUAGAGAUUUACGCUAAAAGAGAAGACUGUAAUAGCGGGCUCGCGUUUGGCGGCAACAAAAUCAGAAAGCUUGAAUAUCUCAUUCCGGAAGCAUUAGAGGGUGGGUAUGACACGUUGGUUUCCAUUGGUGGAAUUCAAUCAAACCAAACCAGGCAGGUUGCGGCCGUUGCCGCGCAUCUUGGAAUGGAGUGUGUGCUCGUUCAAGAGAACUGGGUCGACUACCAGGCGGAGGUGUAUGACAAAGUAGGCAAUAUCGAGCUCUCAAGAAUAAUGGGAGCUGAUGUUAGACUUAACCCCGCUGGUUUCGACAUUGGAAUAAGGAAGAGCUGGCAAGAAGCAAUGGAUGGUGCAAAAGCUCAAGGCAAAAAACCAUUCCCUAUUCCAGCCGGAUGCUCAGAACAUCCUUACGGGGGAUUGGGAUUCGUUAACUUCGCGAAUGAAGUUGCUGAGCAAGAAAAAGCUCUAGGUUUUGAGUUUGAUUAUAUCGUGGUUUGUGCCGUGACUGGGAGUACAAUGGCAGGUAUGGUUGUCGGAUUUGCUUUUCAGGGCCGCCAAAAGAAGGUCAUUGGAAUCGACGCCUCGGCCAAGCCAGAGCAAACCAAGGAACAAAUUUUCAGAAUUGCCCAAAACACUGCAAAGCUUGUUGAUCUCCCACACGAACUGACUUCAGAUGACAUCAUUUUGGAUGAGAGAUUUGGCGGACCGGCUUACGGACUUCCAAAUGAAGGUACAAUGGAGGCAAUUCGGUUGUGUGGGCGCUCCGAGGGUGUUCUUGUUGACCCUGUUUACGAGGGAAAAUCUAUGGCCGGUCUAAUUGGCCUCAUUAAAGAGCAGAAAAUACCAAAAGGAUCCAAGGUUCUCUACGUUCAUUUAGGGGGUGCUCCCGCCUUAAACGCCUACGCAGACUUGUUCAAAGAAGGCUAG